AUGGGUUGUACUCCUUCACGUAGUGAUAUUGUUAAGAAUCCUGAAACAAAGUUGAUGGAUAAAAGAAUUGCGUUAGUUGACCAAGGAGGUGAAGGUUUUUCAUUUCCUUUGCUGAUCAAAGGCUUCUCUUCUUGUGAUACUGAAGGAAUAAGACAGGAGGAGGCUCAAGUUAAAGAUCACUUCUUCAAAAAUUUAUCAAAUGAAGAGAAGGAUGUUAAUUUCUAUUCCUCAUCUGAGGAUCCUUUGCUAUCUGAGCUGGACCAGGAAGAGAAAGAAAUUGAAAAGAUAGUCUCAGAGACUGAGAUAGCCAUUUCUGAAUCGAUGAAGUUAAACAAAGGCAAACAUAUGGCAGAAGCAAUUAUGAUUAAAAAGCAAAAAAGUUCUGAGUCAGAAAAGGUUGAUGCUACAAUGGGAGAUAAAAGUGAAAGCAACAAAAAUCAAAAACACAAAAAUGGGAAGAAGCAAAGGAGCAGGCAGGGAAAACCAGGGCGUCCUUGCAAAAGUAAAGAGAAAUCCAGCCCUUCUGUAUGUCAGCCUGAGAAAAAGGUAGAUUUCCCAGACGCUCUUGUUAAGGCCCAUCAAAACGCAUAUGCAUAUCUCAAUCCUAAUAUUGGCAAAUAUGAGGCUAUCUUAUGCAUGACAGAUCAGGUUACCGAAACACAAUUAAUUGUGCAACAGUUAGUGAACUUUUUGCUUUUUCGGUUUGACGGAAUCAACCACCUUUUCGAAGAAAUUAUUGAAGAUGGAGAAGACCUCCUCAAAGAAGUGGGAGGAAACCUAGCUUGGUCAUCUGGCAAAGAAAAUCCAAAAGAGCAGCCAGAUCUUUUGCAACAAUUACUACAAUACACUGUCAACAAAAUGCAGUUGUUAAAUGGAACUGUGGCCUCUUUAGCCUCUGAUGUCCUGCUGGAGUCUUGCAGCUUUUUGCAGUCUGCAAGUACCAGCUUAGAAGAAAAAAUAAAAGCAAAGCAACGUCUUGAUGAACACUUGGUCAGGAUAAUAAAGAAUCUUGAAGAAUCUGCAGUUGGAUCUUCCAAUCAUUACGUUGAUGAUAUGACUCUUUAUUCUGAAGACAGUGGAAUAGGCAUUGACAGUGAAUCAGUGAAAGAUUUGAAUAUUAUUGAUAGGCAUGGAAUGGAAACAAAUUGUGAGACCAUUCACAGAACUCCAUGCAACUCCAGGAAUGGCAUAAGCAUGUCCCAAGACUGUGUGCUGGAAAAACAGUUAAAAAAUAUAUCUUACUCAUCUCCACAGAUAAGGAGUUCAAUAUCAUCAUCUGAGGUAGUAUCAAAACGUAGAUCCACUUUUCUGCAACAUCAAAAUAUCUUGAAAACCUUUAACUCUGAUAAAACCCAUGAAAGUAAUAGCUUCAAACAGAGUGAGUUCAGUAGCAUUUCCUCCACAAAUGAAGACAAUAGUGCCAACAGUUUAUCUGAGGAAGAAUGUGACUCUGUAAGUCUGUCUGAAAAAGAAAAAAAUGCUGUAUCUAAAAGAUCUAUAUCAUUUCCUGCAGCACAAGAGAAUAGACAGAAGGCUUCCACCAAACAAAUAGAUAGCACAGAUAAUGAGAUAAUUCUCAAAAUGAAAGAUGCCAUUAGUGAAAAGAUAACAUUUGUUCCAGCUAAAUGUCGGCAAAGGGCAUGGAUAGAAGAUGAAAAUGGAAAAGAAUUUCGGAGACCUAGUACAGCCUCUGGGGGCCAGAAGACCCAGAUUAAGCAGAAACGGACUAGGUCUGAGGUGUCUCUCAAAAGUCAUGCUGAGGAUCCCACUCUUUUGGAACUUCAAAGAACUCAGAAAGAUCUUGACAGAAGAUUAGAAUUAUUUUAUCAAUUAAAUGGAAAAGAGGAAAUCAGUGAUACAUUGAACCCAAAAGAAUUGUUUCAAUAUUUUGAGCCUGUUGCUCACAGAACUUCCACUAAUAAACUGAAAGCAUCUCUUGCUAAAAACUUCAAUAUAUUGCCUGAUUCUUCAUGUAGAAACAAUGAAAAUGUAAAAUGUAAAAAACCGACCACAAGUGGCAUGUCUUCAGAAGAUCUGAUAUCUAGAAAAGAAAAUUAUUCUGGGACCUCCAAACCAAAUACUCCACCAUGUAAAUCUGUGAAAAAAUUAAUUGAAACAUUUAGCCCAUCUGAAAGUCUGGUGAAACCCUCAAACUUAAGAACAUUGGGCCCAAUAAAAUGUGUCAGAAAGUUUGGACUUCAAAGCAUUUCUCCCAACCUUCCACUUCCCAAAGGAUUUGUGCCCAUAAAUCACAAACCUAAAGUUUCACCAUUAGAAGAUACCAGUUGCAAAAACAUCAGAACUAGACAUUGUACUCUUAGUGACAAUAGUUCAAUGGAAUUUGCAAAUAGCCUUGAUAUAAAUGAGGAUUCUGAUGAGAUUGAUAUAGAAAACCUACCUCCACCACCACCGGAAAUGUUAAUGGAAAUGUUACUUGAAUCAACCGAAUGUUCAGGAGAUAUAAAGAUGGAAGACAACUAUUUGGAAGAGGUUGAUAAGACUACCAGAACAAAUGAACAGUGCACCACCAAGAAAAUUACUCAGAUUUCUCCACGGAUGAAACUUUCCAUCUGUUCACUUGAUCUGUUACCAAAUAAGAAUUUUAGCAAUUCCCCAGCUGUCAACAAAACACCAAAUAACGAGGUAGAUACCAUACCAAAUAAAUAUGUCUUGGAGUUGAGUGGACCUUAUAUGUCUGAUUGCCGCAAAAGAGAUGAUGAAAUCGAAAAAGUUGCAGAUCUAUAUAAACAGUCUUGUAAAAUAAUACCUCUUCCAAAUCCUAAAGAAGCAUCAGAAUCGAAUGGGAGCAAUCAAGGAAAUAUAAGUAACAGUGAAGCUCCUUUACCAGAAAAGCAAAGUUCUCCUGAUUUAUUAAAGAAAAAUGAGAAAACGUCUGGUUUUAUCAGCCGAGUAUCACCAGUAAGAAUACCACCUUCCUCACCUCCUAAUCAGAAGAGGUUUCCAAGUCCACCACUGUAUCACAGAGCUAGUCAUCAAGUUCCUUCUCCAAUUCUACAUCAGCAACCUAGUCCCUCAACUCACUCCAGGUCAGCAAGUCCCACCGUACAGAGGAAAGUGAUUUCCCCACCACCCCAGCAAAAUCUCUCUAAUCCUCCAGUAAUACGCAAACAACAAAGUUCCCAGAAUCAAAAGGUGUCCAGCCUACCAUCCCAUGAGCAAGAACCUCCUUUUGGAACUACUCCGUCUAUUUCCCCAUCUCUGUUUCAUGGAUGUUUACAAAACUAUAUGAACUCUAAGGACGAGCCACAUUCUGCCUCCCCAAAGAUUGUUAGCAAUGCUCAGUCAAUAUUUUGCCCAGCUACUUCUUCUUUAUUUGAAGCCAAGCCAGUAGUGUCAUCAAACAUCAACCCAAUGGGAGGGGCAAUGGCCCAGCCUGAAGGCUCAACAUCUGCAAGGAGAAAUAGCAUGCACCUCAGGCAACUUGUGGGUCAACAGAGGAUGAUCAAUAGUGCUGCUAGUCCUCAGCCUUGCCUCAGGAUGAGCUUCUCUGACCACAGGCCUGAAUUCCAGCUUCCACUGCCAGUUUUUGUUACAGCAGAGAAUGACCCUGUGCUUAAUCAAGCAAGGCCAAUAGAGAAAGUUUUCUCUAUUGGCCUAGUAGAGCGUACAGUAUUUCCUCUUGGUGAUGUUACUGUUUUACAAUGA